UCAGGAUAAUAACGGCUUCGAGGUCUGCGCACUCGCACUGAAAACGUUUUAUGUUCUAGAUUAGUUUCUGAACGAAGUCUUCUUUCAUUUGGCUUGUCAUUGCUGUCAUGUAAUUUUUUAUGUGAUUUGUUAUGUCAAAAUGUCAGGACCUAAGAAAAUGACGCUGAGGGUGCAGUCGGCGGAGGGCACGGCGCGCGUGGAGGUGGCGGAGGAGGAGGCCACGGCGCGGCUGUUUGAGGCCGUGUACGAGGCGCUGGGGCUGGCCUCCUUCGGGUUCGCUCUGCACCGGGACCGCCAGCGGCAGCAGGAGAUCACCUCCAGCAAGUCCCGGCUGCUGCGUGACUACGGCCUGCGACACGGCGACAUGCUGUAUCUCAGCCCAAUUAAUGGAGCCGUGCUGUUUGACCAGCCAUCCACCAGCUCAGCGGACAGUAAACCCUUUGGAGAGCCAGUGGUGGAGGCAGGUCCCUCCACGGCAGUGCGCCCCAGCACUUCCACUCCUCGUCUAAGUAGCAAAGCACAAAUCAAAGAAGAUGAUAUAGAUGUGGAACUGUCCAAAUUAGAUGGAAAAAUACAAAGGGAAAGAGAUGAUAAAUUAUGCCGCCACAACUCGCGAGGGUGCUGCGUCCACUGCUCGCCCAUAGAGCCCUGGGACGAGGAGUAUUUGAAGGCACACAAUAUAAAGCACAUGUCAUUCCACGCGUACCUCCGCAAACUUACCUCAGGCCAGUUCAUCUCACUCGAUGAACUCUCACUUAAGAUUAAACCUGGCUGCGCGGAACACCCGCCAUGGCCGCGCGGCAUCUGCUCCAAAUGUCAGCCCGGCGCGGUGACCCUGACCCGCCAGCCGUACCGGCACGUCGACAACGUCGUCAUAGAACAUGCCGCCCUGGUAGAACGCUUCCUAGCUUACUGGAGGGCUACAGGGCAUCAGCGAAUUGGAUAUCUUUAUGGGCAGUACGAGCCUCAUCCUACUGUGCCUCUUGGAAUCCGCGCAAGAGUAGCAGCAAUCUACGAGCCCCCGCAGAUAUCGUCGCGCGACCACAUCGCGCUGCAACCGGACAGCAAGGAAGAGGCUCUGGAGGCCAUCGCCAGUGCCUUAGGGCUCCGGCGAGUCGGCUGGUGCUUCACUGACCUGAUACACAGCAGCGGGAACCAGGUGCAGUGCGUCAGGGGCAUGGACACGCAUUUCCUGUCAGCCCAGGAGUGCAUAAUGGCGGGGCACCUGCAGAACCAGCACCCCAACCCGUGCCGGCUCGCGUCGUCCGGACACUUCGGGUCUAAGUUCGUCACCGUGUGUAUUACUGGCGACAAGUCCCAGCAAGUGCACAUGGAGGGCUACCAGGUGUCGGGGCAGUGCCAGGCCCUCGUCCGGGACGAGGUGCUGCUGCCCACCCGGGACGCGCCGGACCUGGGCUACAUCCGGGACUCGAGCGACCGCCAGUACGUGCCCGACUUGUACUACUCGGAGCGCGACGCAUACGGAAACGAAGUCAACGUCUCCGCCAAACGUCUCCCCGUAGCCUACCUCUUGGUUGACGUGCCGGUGGGGUCGUCGACCUCCCCCCCGCUGUUCUCCCCGCGCGCCGCCUUCCCCCCCGCGCACCGCCCGCUCCAGAGCCACUUGCAGUCGCUGCAGGCGCUGCAUGAGCAUAUAGAGAACUGCGACAGCUUUUUAGAGGCGAUGUCAGACCUCCACGUGCUCCUGUACCUAGCGUCCAACGAGCAGCUCCAAGUGCCGAUGUCGGAGCUCAAGCAGCUGCUGGCGGCGGUGGCGGCGCGCGACGCCCGCGCGGCCGACGAGUGGCGCGCCAACUGUGACGCGUGGGCCGCUAUAGUUGAUGCACGGAACCACAGGUGGAUAGCUAUAGAGCAGCUCCAAGUGCCGAUGUCGGAGCUCAACUCGCUGCUGGCGGCGGUGGCGGCGCGCGACGCCCGCGCGGCCGACGAGUGGCGCGCCAACUGUGACGCGUGGGCCGCUAUAGUUGAUGCGAGGAACCACAGCUAUAUAGAGCAGCUCCAAGUGCCGAUGUCGGAGCUCAACUCGCUGCUGGCGGCGGUGGCGGCGCGCGACGCCCGCGCGGCCGACGAGUGGCGCGCCAACUGUGACGCGUGGGCCGCCAUAGUUGAUGCACGGAACCACAGCUACCUAGCUACAGAGCAGCUCCAAGUGCCGAUGUCGGAGCUCAAGCAGCUGCUGGCGGCGGUGGCGGCGCGCGACGCCCGCGCGGCCGACGAGUGGCGCGCCAACUGUGACGCGUGGGCCGCUAUAGUUGAUGCACGGAACCACAGCAUGGAGACAUCAGGCGGCGCCGUGUGGACGUGUCCGCACUGCACCUUUCACAACCCUCCGCAGCGGGACAACUGCGACAUGUGUGCGCUGCCCAGAGGCAACGCUUAAUUAUGGAACCGAGUAGUGAGCAGAAUAAAACGGACUAUAACUCUACAAGACUUUUUAUACUAAAAUUUAAUAUCACACUACUAUUUUUGUCAGCAGAGAAUGAUUUUAUGAUUGGCAACAGAUAGC